AUGAAUGACCAAAAAAUCUUUUCCAUCUACCCACUACUCGAACUUCUUACAACCUGGAUGGACCAGUCGGCCAGCCAGGCGAGUGAAUAUCACUUUCGCAACCACAUCCUCGUCUGUCUCGUCGGCCCCACCGCCGGAGGUCCAAUCAACUUGUCCAGCUUUGUCAUGCCGUUGCGCUUCCACUGGCUCGACAUACAAGACAUUGUCAUCCUUGGCGAUAGUAGUCUAAUCAGCGACAAUGAAUGGAUCAAAUUGAAGAAUUUUCCUAGAUUCUUCAUUAUCAAUGUAAGUUUAUCUCUAUUCGUCCCUUUACUCCUCUACAUGCCCUCCUAUUUGCACAACUCCUCUCCUGCUUUUUUAUGCCAGUAG